CGACGAGUGUUGCCACACGACUGGAGAUGAUCGACCAAGAGAAGUUCGCCAAUAGCCCAAGUCUGUACGACCGCCUCACUUGGGAAGAGCGCCUGAUCGGCCAUGGAGACCACGCCGGUGCGUUGCUGAGGACAAAACAAACCACACGCCUUAUCGAACCCAUUCCGCCGGACGACUCAUCGUUGAUGUCAAGGGCUCCGCUGCUUCCGUUGCAUAACGAAUCCCGCCCCCAAGGCGACUCCUCCGUCACACACAUCCAUGCAUCACCAAAACACAUUUCGGGAUGGUCAGUGACGGAACUCGUGUCACAAACUAUUCGCAUUCACAAUGUGGCUGCACUACACGCAAAUGUGUCACAUCUGUCGUCGCGCGCUGCCGUCGACGUGGAACUGCACUCUUACCAUCCCGCUUUACCGCUUCCAUCUGGAGAAACCCACCUGUGCGCGGCUGCCACGGCAGUGCAUUGGUCGAUUUCUCUACUUGAGAGCUUACGUACUGUUUGCACUACAGUAAUCCCUCCGACGAAAACCCCUGUCGCUCUACGUGUUGUGCAUACCACAGCCGACUUUCACAACCUGACCAUCUUUGGCAUCUCGACCAUAGAGAGAGCAUCUGCGACUACGGUCCCUGCGAAUCCUGGUCCCAACUUGCCUCCCAUUACGACACCCCCCGAUGAUGAUCUAUUAGAUCAUCCACAGUCUCUAUGCGGAACGCCGCCUUUACCUCCAAUCAGUACUCCUCCUGACGAAGAUGCCCUAGUACUGGGAGACAACCUCGCGUCAAAGUCCUCCUUAUCUCGCUCAUCCCAGGCCGAAAUACUCACUUUGAAAUGGGGAACGCCCAUUGGAACAUUUCGAUUGCUUAUGCGUCGCUUGUUGGGAGCCAAGUUCGCCUGGGGACCUGCAUGCUUUCGUUCUUGGUGCCUCAACUGACCGCGACCAUAUUCUUUACUCUACAAUGGGCUGAUCCCCUCCAUACUCGAUGGCACAAAGUAGGAGAGUGCUGGCACUUUGUUGCUCGUUACGUAGUCCGCUCCAAUGUGCAGGUCGAUCACGUUCACGACAUCGAUGUUGACCUACUACAGGAGUAGACAGAGACGCUGACCACCGGCGCUCUACCUACUCUUUCGUAGCCGAAGUAAUUUGAUGUAGUGGAUGUCGAUGGGCCGCUUUUUGUAUAUAGCUUUUUCACAAUCACACUCUUUGUAUUUUCUUUUACGACGUUUCGGGGUCAUUCACUAUCAGAAGCUGGUGACAUAUGAACAAUGGGACCAGAAUUCCACUC